UUCUUAUUUCAAAUUCAAAUCUUUCAUAUAUGAUCGAGCCCAUACCCCAAAUCCCUACGACUCUCACUCUAAUAUCUUCUCCAAAUUACCAAAGAAAAAAUCAAAAAGAGAAAACUUUCUCUCCCAAAGUUCAAACCUUCAAUGGCUGCCAUUCGAGGAGAAGCUUACUUCAGCGUAGGGGCGGAGGUCGAGGUCAGGAGCCCAGUCGGCUACUUCAUUCCGGCAACGAUCAUCGCCAGGGGCUCCUCCGCCACCAGUUUUCUUGUCGAAUACAAAACCCUAAAGACCAAAACCAGUAUCGACAAAAACAAGGGCAAACCCUCGACGGAGGAGUUAGAUGUAUCGCUUAUGAGGCCGUCUCCGCCCAAAGAGAACAAUUGUACGUAUUUUAAGGCCGGCCAAGAAGUCGACGCCUACUAUAAGGGUAGUUGGUGGGAGGGACUGGUUACUGAAGUCUUUGAAGAUUCUUCGUAUUUCUUUGUUUGCUUGAACGGGAAUCAUGAGGUGGAACUCGAGAUUUCCAACUUGAGACCCCACCGUGACUGGGUUGAUGGACAAUGGGUUCCUCCUCUUAAUGUUAAGUUUGUGAAUAAGCAAAAUGUGGCAGUUUCUAAUGGAGGGCAAAGAAUGGAGGAAUUUGAGAUAGGAUCACUAGUUGAGAUUAGAAACGAGGAAGAAGGAUUUGAAGGUUCAUGGUAUACUGCAUCUAUUGUCAAAAGUGUGGAUAAUGAAAAGUAUUGUGUUCAGUAUAAGACUAUAAGAACAGAGACUGGUGAGAAGUUUUUGUGUGAGGAGGUCGAUAGAAGAAACAUAAGGCCUUAUCCUCCGGAAAUUAUUAGGGUUGAUUCUUUUGGCCUAAAUGAAGAAGUUGAUGCAUAUUACAAUGAUGGUUGGUGGGAAGGUGUUAUAUGCAAGGUCUUGUCAAGAGGAAGGUACAGAGUUUACUUUAAAAGCUCAGAUGAAGAAAUUCUGUUUGAGCAUGAAGAGUUGAGAUUGCAUCAAAAUUGGAUCAAUCAUACUUGGGUUUGGAACUCUAAGCAGUAAAGUCCGAAACAUAUGUGAAGAGCUCUGAAGGAGUAGCACAUUUAACUUUCUAAUUUAAAAUUUUGAAAUUGUUUCUCGGAGCUGUGCAGUGACCUUUCUCCAUUGAACUACGAUUAGAAAAAAGGAUAGUUAUCAGUUAAUGUCAUUAAUUGACUGGCUAGUAUAUGAAUUAUAUAAUUUUACAGCUGUAUAGAUCAGUGGUACUUUGCAGCAGUGAAAAUCAGUACAUUUUGUGUUUAAUUCGUUACUUUAGACCACUUGAUUUAGAUCUCUGUUAAUAUAUUUAGCUAUUAUUAUUGAUAUUAUUAAA